GGGGAGGGCUUUGUAUGCAUCGCAGAAGUUUGAGUAGCAGUGGUCAAGUGUUUUACCCCCACCCGUAGUGCAAUCAAUAUGCUGAUAGAAUUUAGGUAGCCUUGUUCUCAAAUUUGCUUUGUUCAAAUCCCCAGCUACAAUAAAUGCAUCCUCAGGAUAUAUGGUUUCCACUUUAUAUCGAGUCAGUGAAGUUUCUUUAGGGCUGUCUUAGUGUCUGCUUGAGGUGUUAUGUAUCCAGAUGUGACGAUAACUGACGAGAAUUAUCUUGGAAGGUAAUAUGGCCGGCAUUUGAUAGUGAGGAAUUCUAGGUUGGGUGAGCGGAAGGACUUGAGUUCCUGUAUGUUGUUAUGAUUACACCGUGAGUCGUUAAUCAUGACGGCGCGAUGCAUGGGGAAGCCCAGUGGCUGAACCGAUUCCGACAAUGUAUCCCGAGAGAGCCAUGUUUCUGUGAAACAGAGAAUGUAGCAAUCUCUGAUGUCUCUCUGGAAGGCACCCUUGCUCUAAUUUCGUCUUUGACCUUGUUGUCAAGAGACUGGACAUUGGCGAGUAGUAUACUUGGAAGCGGUGGGCGAUGUGCACGUCUAUGGAGCCUGACCAGGCCGCUCCGUCUGCCCCUUCUGCGCCGCCGUUGUCUUGGGUCGGCUCUGGGAUUAGAUCCAUUGUCCUGGGUGGUGGUCCAAACAGAGGAUCCGCUUCGGGAAAGUCAUAUUCCUGGUCGUAAUGUUGUAGGCCUACAAGGAUCAGAGACGACCACUCCUGGCAGAAAGUCCCAGUCUGCAGUGACUGGCAGUGCAAGGAAAGUGAAGGACAACGCAGCAGACUGGCACAAUCUGAUUCUGAAGUGGGACCGACUGAAUGAUGAAGGAUCCACCAUGGCAAAUAAGAUAGUCAAUUUAGGAUUCAAUAAAAGUUCACAGAAAGAGAUGCAAGUCAUGAUGGCGGGUCAGGACACCUCUGCCAGCUCUAAUUCAGAGAAUGCUUUUGAAAACAGUAGAGAACUAGAAGAGGAGUGUGACAAGUUGCUAAGUGUCGUGGACAAAAUGACUCAUAUUGUAUCAAAAAUGGAGAAGUUAGUUUCCUCUGAGAAGGGGAUCGUCGAUCUAGAGACAUUCCAGUAUGGAACAGGAGGAAGACAAACUCCUUUGUUUCAGACCUGGCCUACGUCACAGUUCGACGUCUCCAACAAGCUCUAUGAAGCAUACAAGCAAGAACUGACUCUGAAACGGGCUAUUCUUCAGGAGCUAGCUCACACAACUAACCCAGACCUUUCAAUGGUGUACCUGUCCUGCUGGCUGUAUCAGCCGUACACAGAUGACAGGGCAAAGUUACUGUUAGAGGGUCUUCUUUUAGAGACAGGGCAUAGGCCAAUUUAACCAACUUCAGUUGGAACAUUAUAUUUUGUUUAUGGACUUAUGGCUACUGUACUAACAAGUCCAUAAAUAAAUGACAACUACUGUAUGGCCAUUACAAAGGAACUCAUGCACAGCAAUGCUGCUGGUUUCAACUCCAUGAAAUAAUAGAAUGAUUUGGUUCUCGCAUCCUUUAUUAGGAAAAUGAGUUCAACUGUACAGCAUAUGAAAUGGUUGUAUUGCAACAAUGAGUCACAAAUGAAACAUGGAAAUGAAUAACCACAAUUUCUUAACUUUUGAUUUUAUUUCCCCUCAUUUGCAUUCAUUUUCAAUGGUAUUAGAAACCUAUUUUUUGAAAAUGUUACACCCAAAUAUAUAAAAAGUAAUAAAAUAGUGCAACAUU